AUGAUCGAUAUGAAACUUGAGGAGCAUUCGGCUCUCAUGGGGGUCAUUCCUCGAAGCUAUACCCUGGUUGUUAUACCCUUGAUCCUUUAUUUGAUUUACAAAUGGACGCUGGCGACCGAUAUUCCUCACAUCAAAGGCCUACCAGAGAUCCCCGGGGCUGUGCCAGUUUUUGGACAUCUCCUCAAACUCGGCGAAGACCACGCAACUGUAUGUGAACGAUGGUGGCGGGAAUAUGGCCACUCGGUCUUUCAAAUCAAACUUGGAAACACAAGGGCCGUUGUAGUCAACUCGUUCGAUGACUGCCGGAAGAUGCUUCUUGGCCACCAGAAUGCAAUCAUCGAUCGCCCAAAGCUAUAUACCUUUCAUGGAGUUGUGAGCAGCACACAAGGCUUUACUAUCGGCUCAUCUCCCUGGGACGAUUCGUGCAAGAAAAAGCGCAAGGCUGCGGGCACGGCUCUAGGAAGGCCAGCUCUGCGACAUUAUCACCCGAUGUUUGAUCUGGAAAGUUACUGCAUUGUCCGCGACAUCUACCGUGAUAGCCAAAAUGGGGCAACUGAAAUCAAUGUGCGACCGUAUAUUCAACGAUAUGCUUUGAAUACAACCUUGACACUCUGUUAUGGGAUCCGCAUGGAUGCUGUGUAUGACGACCUUUUGCGCGAGAUUCUACACGUCGGCUCUGCCAUUUCACUUUUACGAAGUGCCUCUGAAAAUCUGCAAGACUAUAUUCCGGUACUGCGAUACCUUCCCAAUAAUGAGAAGACUACCCGAUCAAAAGAGCUACGUGAUCGUCGCGAUGCUUAUCUCAAUCUCCUACUGGACAAGGUACGAGCCAUGAUCAAAAAGGGAACCGAUAAGCCUUGUAUCUCUGCUGCUAUUCUCAAGGAUGAAGAAACGAAACUCACCGGAGUUGAAGUUUCCUCAAUCUGCCUCUCAUUAGUUUCGGGUGGCUUCGAGACUAUUCCGGGUACUCUGACGUCUUGUAUCGGCUCUUUGUCUACACCCGAAGGACAGAUCUGGCAGGAUCGUGCCUACGAGGACAUCAAACGCCAUUAUCCCGACAUUCGCGAAGCAUGGACAAGUUCAAUCUCAGAAGAGCAAGUUCCGUACGUUAACGCUAUCAUCAAAGAAGCAGGGCGUUAUUAUACAGUUAGCGCGAUGAGUCUGCCACGGAAAACCGUCACGGAGGUGAACUGGAACGGAGCAAUUAUUCCACCCAAGACAAUGAUUUUGAUCAACGCCCAAGCAGGAAAUCACGAUGUGGACCAUUUUGGCCCCGACGGUGGCAACUUCGAUCCAGAAAGGUGGCUGAAGUCUAUCGACCCACCAGUCGAGACGGAGGGGAGUGGUCUACCUCACCUGAGCUUUGGAUCUGGAUCUCGAGCAUGCUCAGGUCAAUUCAUUGCCUCGAGACUACUUUACAUCGCCUUGAUUCGCCUUCUCUCUUCCUACAAGAUCGUCGCCAGCGAGGAAAAUCCACCAAACACGGACUAUGUGGAUUAUAAUCAGUUCAAAACUGCGCUUGUUGCGAUUCCCAGGGACUUUAAGGUCAAGUUGAUUCCUAGAGAUGAUGCUAUGACUAGUGAAUGCUUGAAUUUGGCAGAGCUUCGCACGAAGGAGCAUUAUAAGGAGUGA